UAAAUCCAAAGUUCAUAUAUACCAAAAAAUAUUAGAAAAUACUUUCAAAAUUUGAAAAUGUGCAAUCGUAAAACGUGUCUUUUAGUUUUUACAACCGUUAUACUAGCUUUUAAUGGAUUACUGUGUCUUUUUUUUUUAUGUGCACCUCCAGGCGGAAAUGAGUUUUACGAACAAUUGGUGACAUAUAUUAUCAUCUUCUUGUGGCCAAAAUAUAAUGUGAUGCUAAUAAUUUUGAUUUGGAAUACGCGGAAAUGGAAAUACAUAAUACUGGUUGAUAUAAUUUGUGCUGUGGUAGGGUUGUUGGUAAUAACGUAUUUGCUCCUUAACCAACUGCAUGUCAUAGACUGGUACGAUUUUCCCGGAUAUAUACACUUCGGUAACCGAGGAGGAGGAGGAGGAGGAGGUGGUGGAGGAGGCGGAAGUAGCCUUUACUUUGGAAAAGGAAGGGGCGGAAGAGGAAGAGGAGGAGGAGGAAAAGGCGGUCGAGGAAAAAGGUCAACCCCACCUAAACAUGUAUCGGAUUAUUGCUGGCUGAUCAUAGCUUUUGGCGAAAAUGAGUUUUACGAACAAAUGGUGACAUAUAUUAUCAUCUUCUUGUGGCCAAAAUAUAAUGUGAUGCUAAUAAUUUUGAUUUGGACUACGCGGAAAUGGAAAUACAUAAUACUGGUUGAAAUAAUUUGUGCUGUGGUAGGGUUGUUGGUAAUAACGUAUUUGGUCCUAAACCAACUGCAUAUCAUAGACUGGUACGAUUUUCCCGGAUAUAUUAAGUUCGGUUCCAGAGUAGGAGGAGGAUCAGGAGGAGGUGGUGGAGGAGGCGGACAUAGCCAUUACUUUGGAAAAGGAAGAGGCGGAAGAGGAAGAGGAGGAGGAAGAGGAGGAGGAGGAAAAGGAGGAGGAGGAGGAAAAGGCGGAGGAGGAGGAAAAGGCGGAGGAGGUCGAGGAAAAAGGUCAACCCCACCUGAAGAUGCAUCGGAUCAUUACUGGCUGAUCAUAGCUUUUGGACUUUGGCUGUUUUCACUUAUGCUGCCAAUUUUUGUAAAAGUGUUUGUAGAUGCUCUAAAAGGGAACUACGACUGGGUAUAUUGAAUUGCAUUAUAAAUAAAAAUGAAGUUGUAAUAAAUUGUGGUG